AUGCGUCACUUCCUUUCUUUACUGUUAGUUAUUAUUGGGCUGCAGCUGAGCAUUCAGUCCAUAGGAAGACGUUCUGAGCGAAGCGCCAGCAGACCUUACAUAUCAGUGCUGACUGUGACGAAUGGGAAGUGGUUUGGGUCGUGGGGUGAAGUAGAAAUGUGUCCAAGGGGAACUUACGCUGCAGGGUUUAGUUUAAAGGUGGAUAAACCGUCCUCUGGGGAUAACAAAGGACUCACUGGGAUUCGUCUUCACUGUAUCAGCCCAUUGAGAGCCUUACUUGACUUACAUGACGACUACUCCUCAGUUCGGUCAGAAGUAGGAAGCUGGGGUGAGUGGACAGAAAUCAAAUGGUGUCCUUGUUGUUUCUUGACUGCUUUUAAGCUGAGAGUCGAAUCUUACCAAGGAUUUGGUGAUGACACAGCCGCAAACAACAUCAGAUUUAAAUGCAGUCAAGAGACUGAGCUAGAGGGUAAAGGCACAAGCUGGGGUGAGUGGGGUGGCUGGAGUCAAAAGUGUGAACGAGGAGGAAUAUGUGGCAUCAAGACACAGGUAGAAGGGCCACAGGGAAAUGGAGACGACACCGCUCUUAAUGACGUGAUUAUGUACUGCUGCGAUUAA